UCAGUGUAUGGAUGAGCCUCUUGCCAAAUGGGUUAUGUGGAUUUACGGAGAUUUAAAUCAUAGAGAUAUGUAAUUAUCUUUAUAAUGAUAUGUAUGUAAAGUGUUCCGUAUAGAUAUAUAUAAAUAGAACCUCAUUUCCGACUUAGUUCCAAACUACAGACACUUCAAAAUGCAAGCUUCUCUGAAAAUGAUGAAAAAUGUGAAGGAAGACUUACCUGUAGCAGUGCUGUGGUGGAUAUAACAAUAGUUUUUAUCUGCAGGUUACAUCUACACUAUGUUGUUGGGAAACUUACUACAAGAGCAGGAGGUCUAAUAAAUCUUGACAGCAAUUUUAACAAUUAACAAAAAAAUCGUUUAAAAUUAUGGCUGGUAUAAAUAUUUUAAAGAUUACUAUUGAGUUAUUUUGAGAAUAUCGUGAUACAUAAUAGGGAAUAAUGUAUCACUUAGAUUAAAUUAAUCAUUGUUGAAGGUUUGUGUUAAGGUAGAAUGAAACAGGAGCAAGUUAAUUUUGGAUUAUUAGGGUAAACAAAGUUUAUUGCAAGAAUGACAUACAAACACUUUACUAACUUUUCUCGGGGCUAUGUUGUGGAAUUUAUAGAUUCCCCAAAUGAAGAGGUAUGUGCCAGUUGGCUCCUUCUGCCUGCAGAGAAUUUAUGGCACGAAGGAAUUAGAGGGACUGCAUAUCUUGUUUGUAUGUUCUACUUUUUUGUUGGAAUAGCUAUUGCAUCUGAUAUAUUUAUGAGUUCAAUAGAAUCCUUAACAAGUAAACAAAGAGAAGUUGCAAAAUGGGACCAAGAGAGGGGUGAAAUGGUCAAAUUUCAUGUUAGAAUAUGGAAUGAAACAGUGGCAAAUUUGACACUGAUGGCACUUGGCAGUAGUGCCCCUGAAAUUCUUCUUGCUACAAUUGAGACUGCUGGAACACUAGGGGAGGAUACUAGCCAUAAAGAUUCCUUGGGUACUUUUACUAUUAUUGGAAGUGCAGCAUUUAAUUUGCUUAUAAUAACAGCUGUGUGUAUUAGCUCUGUUCCAAAUCAUAGUACAAAGCAAAUAAGGGAGUUUGGGGUAUUCCUGUUGACAGCAAUCUGGUCAAUGUUGGCAUAUAUCUGGAUGUUGAUUGUAGUUCGGUACUGGACACCAGGUGUGAUCACUCCGGUUGAAGCAUGGAUAACUCUCGGCUAUAUGCCGUUGUUUGUCUUCCUUGCUUAUAUGCAAGAUAAAGGAUGGUGCUGCCGUUUUUGCACGGACAAUGCUGUUGGUCAAGACGAACAGCAUAUGCGUAUAUUGAACCAACGAGGAAGGGCUGGCUCCUUCACUGGUCAUAUACUACCGAAGGAAUUACGUGUAUUAGAGCAGGAAAAAGCUGAAAAACAUUCCAAUACAAAACUAAGUUUAAUUGAUUUGAAUGAAACAAAACAUAAAAAGAUGUUUGACAGUCAUAGUUCAAGCAGCUCUCAGGGUGGUAGAGAAGUCCUUUUACACAGCAGUCAUUCUGAGCCUCUGAACUUCUCAGGUAGUGGUAGUGAGCGUUCAUCCCGUACCACUACCAAUAUCACAGUUGUGAUGGAUCCAAAGUACAGGGAUGGGAAAGAGUCUGAUACUGUUAUAGAAAUGAAUCCUCAAGGUAACAUACCAGAACAUGUAGAGAAACACCAUGCUACAGAACCUCAGGCAUUUGCUAGAGCAAGAUUUCGUCAUGCAAUUGUGGCUACAUUAAGAGGUGCUCACCCUAAACCCAAACCAAAGCACAUGUCUGAUGUAGUAGAUGUUCAAAUGAAGAUCAAGAAACAAGAGAAGGAAGGCAAGAAGCCUGAAGGUGAUUUACUUGGAAAGUUCACCUUUUCAUCAGAUCGCUAUGCAGUGUUGGAAAGUGCCGGGUUUUUGGAGGUAGAUGUCCUCUUCCACAGAAAUAUUCCACCACAUAUAGCUUACAUGAAAACUUUAAGAGGGUUAUCACAAGAGGACACUAUAGAGCUUACUUCAAAAACCAGCGUUCCAAAUGGUGAUGCUGUUGCAUAUUCAAAGAAUGGGAAUGUAAAAAUCAGUCCAGAGAAAGAUAAGCCAGUGCCUGGUGUUGUAUCUGUUGAAUAUGAGACAAGAGAAGGAACUGCAAAAACAGCCAAAGAUUUUAGAUAUACCAGUGAUACAUUGAUAUUCAAAGAGGAUGAGUACAGGAAGACAAUAUCAAUUCCAAUUGUUAAUGACAACCAGUUUGAGAAUGACGUCAUGUUUUAUGUACUCCUGAAGAAUCCAACACCUGGCACUGGUACAGGAGACCCCAGUGUGGCAACCGUCACAAUAGUUGAUGAUGACAAUCCAGGAGAGUUUCAGUUUGAUGAAGAUCAUUGCAUCGCUGAUCUCAGUGAAUGGAAGGUCAUAACGAAGGUCGUACGAAUUAAUGGCUUUGAUGGUGUUGUCUCUCUUGAAUACGCAACUAUUGAUGGAACAGCUGUUGGAGGGAAGGAUCUUGGUCCUAAAGUGGACUACAUUGCACAGAAAGGCACAUUAGAAUUUGGCCAUGCUGAGACCAGUAAAACCAUUACCAUUGACAUCAAUAAAGAUGCUAAGCUGAUUGACAAGAAAGACAAACAUUAUCAAGGUCCAAAAAAUUUCAUCAUAACUCUGAAGAACCCUAGCCUUGGAGCUAAGAUUGGCACAAGAAGUGCUAUUGUGUGUAAUAUAACCAAAGAUGAGUUAGGUGAUAGAUUGAGAGAGAUUGUUGAAGAUGAGGAGGAAGAGGCUACAUGGAAAGGCCAGUUUGUUAGUGCUAUGACAGUAGGAGGUGAUACUGAUGAUGAUGGUAAUGAAAUUCCACCAAGCUGGACUGACUAUCUACUGCAUUUCCUUACAUUCUUCUGGAAACUUGUUGGUGCAUGUGUCCCCCCAACGAGAUAUUGGGGAGCCUGGCCAACAUUUGUGUUUUCUCUGUGUUACAUUGCUGUUCUAACAAUGGUUGUAGAACAGCUUGGUCAUUUGAUAGGUUGUGUGAUAGGUCUAAAGACAAGUGUAACUGGUAUCACUAUAAUAGCAUUGGGAACUAGUUUACCAGAUACAUUUGCAAGUCGUACUGCUGCAAAACAAGAUGAACAUGCUGAUGCAGCCAUUGGAAAUGUUACAGGCAGUAACAGUGUGAAUGUAUUCCUUGGUCUUGGCAUUCCAUGGGUACUGAGUACUAUGUACCAUCUAGCAAAGGGCACUACAUUCAGAGUUGCCUCAGACAACUUAACACAGAGUGUUAUCAUCUUCAGUACAGUUGGAACAAUCUGUAUAAUAUUGCUGAUACUUAGACGGAAGUUUGUUGGAGGAGAACUAGGGGGAGAGAAUGCCGUUGUAAGAGUGGGUAGCAGCUUAUUUCUGUUUGGACUGUGGUGUUUGUACAUAAUUCUAGCCAGUUUGAAGGCAUAUGACAUUCUGAAGUGGGAGAUGUAACCAGUAUUUAAACCCAUUACAACAUAUUGUGUUGACUUUCCAUAACUGACUUAAGUACAAUGAACAUUCUUUAUCAGUAUGAUUUUAAUUGAUCUGCUGAUAUUCUAAUAUAUAGACUUAGAGAAAAUAAACAUUUUGUGUUAAGACUACACUUUAUCUCAUUGUUAUUUAUAAAUAGGAUUAUUAUUAGAUGUAAUAUAAAAAAUAGGAAAAUAAAUAUUUGUUUGGAAUACAUUGUUUGCAACUGUUGAUGAACUAUAUUUAAUUAUUUAUGCAUUUGUUAACAUGACUAUGUAUCUAUUUUUCCUUGCUUUUUAUUUUUUCAUUUUUGACACAUUAACUGCAUAAUGGUGAGACAAAUUUUAAUUGAUCUAUGUCUUUAUUGCAUUUGAGAAUUGAUAGUUGUAAAUUGUGUUUUCUCCUGUUGGUAUGUUUAAGUGUUGGGGGUGAUAUGGGAAUUGUUGCUAUUGUUCUAAAGUUCAUUUUAAUGUAAAGAUUUGUUGAGUUUUGAUGCAAAGGCAGUUUGAAUUUUUUUAAUAAAUCUUUUUUUCGUACUUUAAACUUUCAAACGAAUUUAAGAGUAAGUUAAGCUCAAAGGUAGUUUUUCUGACAUUAUUCAUCCAGAUGCAUUUUUUACUUAAUAUAAAUUCAAUAAAACAGAAGUUAUAAAUUCAAUAAAGUGGACGUUUUGAUCAAUCGGUCAACAGUAUAAGAAAAUUGAGCACUAUAUAGUGACAGGAAUAAAUUCUCUGACAAAUGUACCUUUUUUCAGGACUUUUAGUUUUUGCUAUCAUGUUGUUUUUUAAUUAUCAAAAUCUCAGAAUAUCUGCAGGGAUAACUUAUUCUCUGUAAAACCAUAGCAUACAUAAGCUGACAUUCAUACAUGUAGAGGUACAUACUGUAAGAUAAUCAUUGUAAAUACUGCUGUUUAUAGCUUCCAAUGAUUUUUAUGACAUGCUAACACUAAGAUUUAGAAAAAAAUGUCACAUUCCAUAUAUUUUUCAAUUUGUAUACUGGUCACACCCUGUUGAUAAAAAAAGGAUCUUUGAAACAUGCAGAUGUUGAUAUUCAACAGUUACUUUUAUAAUUUGUUGGUCAAGCCUGGCUAGUAAGAGAGUAUUCUUCAACAGAUGAGACCUGGUUAUUCUAGAGAUAUAAAAAUUAUCACCUUGUCUAGAAAAUGAUUUUUUUCCCCAAAAGUUUCAUAAUUGCAAAUGUUAGUUUGCAGUAUGCAAUCUGCCAUGUAUCACAAUCUGUGUUUUCAGUUUGUAUGAUACUCUUCAUUCUGCUGUGAAAGUAUGCAAUAAAAGUCUUGCUGUUUUUUUAUGAGUUUGUGACUUACUAGUAUUAACCAGAAACUGAGUUUUGAUUAUAUCAUUAACUGUGUUUGUAAUAAUAGCCGUGCCAUGACAAAACCAAGUAAUGCGUUUGCGACCAGCAUGGCUCCAGACCAGCCUGCGCAUUCGCGCAGUCUGAUCAGGAUCCAUGCUGUUCGCUAUCAUUUUCUUUACUUGUAAUAGUGUUUGUAAGCCAACAGCAUGGAUCCUGAUCAGACUGCGAGGAUCGCAGGCUGGUCUGGAUCCAUGCUGGUCACAAACAAAUUAUGUUGGUUUUGUCAUGACGCGACUCAUAUAUAUUUGUAAUAAUUAUUUAAAUAUUAAAAUAUUUUUUGUGAUAUUACUGACCUAGUAUUGAAUCUCAUAAGAGCUUUUGUUGUAUAUUAUUUUUUGUUUUCACAGUUAUAUCAUUAAUUUAUUUGACAGUGUUAAACCUGUUUUGGUUGACACUGUAUAUUGCUGUUCGGCUUUUUGUUUUUGUGUUUUGUUUUUUUGUUUCCUUCUACACAAACCUGUCUCAAGUUACAAUUUUUAUACCAAAUGUUGUUGAUAUUUUUCUGUACUGAUAUUUGUUUGUUACAGGGUAGAUUAGAUUGCUAUGAAUGAAUCAAAUAAGAGUUUUGGGUGUUUUCUUUA